AGAAGAGGCGGAAGAAGAACAGCAGAACGAGGCUGAACAAAAGGUUCUGGAUGCUGCAGACUGCAGGAUGGAGUCUGGUGGAAAACCCUCAACGGCACAGAUUGUAGUUUUAGCCACCAGCUCUGCGCUGACGGCCAUUUUCUAUUCCAUCUACAGGAGCAAAGCUAAAACCGUUAGCCGUCUGAAGGAAGCCAAGAAGGUCUCCAUUGAUCAGGAUUUGAAAGGCCUCCUGUCUGAAACCCCUGGAAGAUGUGUCCCAUAUGCCGUCAUCGAAGGUGUGGUGAGGUCUGUGAAGGACACGCUGAGCAGCCAGUUUGUGGACAGCUGCAGAGGAGUGAUCGAGAGGCUGACCCUGAAGGAGGAGAAGAUGGUGUGGAAUCGCACCACUCACCUGUGGAACAGCACAGAGAAAAUCAUCCAUCAGCGCACCAACACCGUUCCGUUUGCCCUUGGGUCUCAUGAUGAUGACAUCACCACGGCAGUGCGAGUCAUCCGUCCGUUAGAUGCUGCAGAGUUGGACCUGGAGACCACCUACGAGAACUUCCACCCCACAGUCCAGUCGUUAUCCAACGUCAUCGGCCACUUCAUCAGCGGCGAGCGACCCAAGGGCAUCCACGAGACUGAGGAGAUGCUGCGAGUGGGCGACAGCCUCACCGGAGUGGGAGAGCUGGUCCUGGACAACAACCUCAUCAAGCUCCAACCGCCCAAACAAGGUUUCUGCUACUUCCUCAGCCGGCAGGACUACGAGUCUCUACUGAAAAAGCAGGAAAACGGCGUCAGGCUGUGGAGGAUCUUGGCCCUGGUGUUCGGGCUGGCCGCCUGCUCCACGCUGCUCUUCAUGAUGUGGAGGCGCUACGUGCACUGCAGACAGAGCAAGAAGAGGAGGAGCAUGAUGGAGGAGUUCAAGGAGCGGCAGAGGAAGCGGCUGCGGGAGCUGAACCUGGAGGAAAGCAGCGUGUCGCCCACCAGCUGCACGGUGUGUCUGAGCCGCGAGCGCUCCUGUGUGUUUCUGGAGUGUGGUCACGUGUGUGCCUGCGCCCACUGCUACCAGGCCCUGCCCGAGCCCAAGACCUGUCCCAUCUGCAGGGCCACCAUCGACAGGGUGGUGCCUCUGUACAACAGUUAACUCAGAGCUGAGCAGCUUCACCAAGCCUCACAUCCMUCAGAGGACUCCUGACUCUGCAGACAGGCUGAGAGCUGUCAGUGCUGCAUCCCAAACUCAUUCAUAUCCAUUCAGGAGGUUURCUGUCAUGCUGAGAGAAAAUGAGAUGUCUGUUCUCAGGCUUACAGUUAUUGAUUCAGUGCAAAUACUGGCCCAAGUCCAGACAAUUAGUCUGAAGAGUUGGGAGCUUUUUAAGGACAGGAGAUGUAGAGCUUCAGUUACAGGAAGUAGGUUCAAAGUUUAAUUAAGUUUCACAUUUCAGAAA